GCAGCGAUGGCGGCGGCAGUAGGAGCAGCGGCAGCACCACCUCCGCCACCACAGCUGGGGCCGGCAGCGGCGACGGGCCUCGUGCUUGACGGGCUAGGCCGGCGCGGAGCCCGCAGGGGGGUGGCCAACAUCGUGGCCCAGCUCCGACACGCGCAGCUCAGCGGCCGGGGCCCGACGCGGGGGGCGCAGAUUGCAGAAACUUUGUUGAAGGAAAGAGACAAACAAGCAAAAUGGAAUGGGAUUCCCUUACUCUUAAAGAAGCUGUAUGAGAAUAGCCAUCCCAAUAGUGACUUUUCCCAGUGCCAAAGCAUCUUGAAGGAAAUUUCUCCCCUUCUUUCAAUGGAAGCCAUGGCAUUUGUCACAGAAGAGAGAAAAGUUACUCAAGAAUCCACUUUUCCAAAUACAUACACAUUUGACUUAUUUGGAGGUGUUGAUCUACUAGUAGAAAUACUUAUGAGACCAACACUUACUACACAGAAAAAGAAACAGAAGAUAAGUGAUGACCUUAUUAAGGAUUGUUUAAGCAUAUUGUACAACACUUGCAUAUGUACCGAAGGAGUCACUAAGCGAUUGGCUGAAAGAAAUGAUUUUGUGUUGUUCCUGUUUACGUUGAUGACAAACAAAAAGACGUUCCUGCAAACAGCCACCCUUAUUGAAGAUAUCCUGGGCGUGAAAAAGGAAAUGAUUCAGCUAGAGGAUAUUCCAAAUCUCUCCAACCUAGUAUCUAGCUUUGAUCAACAGCAGCUUGCUAAUUUCUGCAGGAUCCUUGCAGUUACAAUUUCGGAGCUUGACACAGGCAGUGACGACAAACAUACGCUACUUGCAAAAAAUGCUCAACAGAAAAAGAACUUGGGUCCUUCUCGAGCAGAAAUGAAUCAAGCUACUCUCCUUGAUAUACCAGGCUUCAUUGAGCGAUUAUGUAAGCUAGCAACAAGAAAAGUGUCUGAAUCAACAGGAAAUUCUAGCUUUCUUCAGGAGCUGGAGGAGUGGUAUACUUGGCUAGACAAUGCACUUGUUCUUGAUGCACUAAUGCGUGUAGCAGAUGAGGAGACAGAGCAAAGCAGCACAGAAUCUUCAGAUGAGAGUGGAUUCGCAAACACGUCAACAAGGAAUCAGCUUCCACAGUCCAUGAAGAUUAUGCAUGAGAUCAUGUACAAGUUGGAAGUGUUGUAUGUGCUCUGUGUGCUUUUAAUGGGCAGGCAAAGGAAUCAGGUCCACAAAAUGAUUGCAGAAUUUAAAUUGAUCCCUGGCCUUAAUAAUUUGUUUGACAAAUUGAUUUGGCGGAAACAUUCAGCAUCAGCCCUUGUUUUACAUGGGCAUAAUCAAAACUGCGACUGUAGCCCGGAUAUUACCUUGAAGAUUCAGUUUCUGCGGCUACUUCAGAGUUUUAGCGAUCAUCAUGAGAACAAGUAUCUGCUUUUAAACAGCCAGGAGCUUAAUGAAUUGAGUGCAAUCUCCCUCAAAGCCAAUAUCCCCGAAGUAGAUGCAGUUGUCAACACAGACAGAAGUUUAGUCUGUGAUGGGAAAAGAGGGUUGCUGACCAGACUGCUACAGGUAAUGAAGAAGGAACCAGCAGAAUCCUCAUUCAGGUUUUGGCAAGCAAGGGCAGUUGAGAGUUUCUUACGAGGUGCUACUUCCUAUGCAGAUCAGAUGUUCCUGCUAAAAAGAGGGCUGCUAGAGCAUAUUCUCUAUUGCAUAGUUGACAGUGAGUGCAAAUCACGAGAUGUCCUUCAGAGUUACUUUGAUCUUUUGGGGGAAUUAAUGAAAUUCAACAUAGAUGCUUUCAAGAGAUUCAACAAGUACAUCAAUACUGAUGAAAAGGUAAAACCAAAACCCCAGUUUCAAAUGAAAAUCUCAGCGCUGUAUACUGAACAGAGCCUGAUCUCUCCAUUUUUCUUUCCUUUCAAGUUUCAGAUAUUUUUGCACCAGAUCAACAGUUCACUCGUUGAUUCCAACAUGCUGGUUCGUUGCAUUACUUUGUCUCUGGACCGAUUUGAGAGCCAGUCAGAUAUUAAAGUUGCAGAAGUCUUAUCUGAGUGCCGCCUGCUCUCAUACAUGUCACAGAUAACCAUAAGAAUGUCAUUCCUUUUCCGGCUCAUUAAUAUUAUUCAUGUACAGACGCUCACACAGGAAAAUGUUAGUUGUUUGAACACAAGUUUAGUUAUUUUAAUGCUGGCCCGAAGGAAAGACAAGCUCCCCUUCUAUCUGCAUAAGCUGCAAGAGAUGGAGUACAUGGAGAAGUACCCUGGAUUCAUCCUGAACAACUUCCACAGUCUUCUGCGUUUCUGGCAACAGCAUUACCUCAAUAAGGACAAAGACAGCACCUGCUUAGAAAACAGUUCAUGUAUUAGUUUUUCCUACUGGAAAGAGACUGUAUCUAUACUGCUGAGUCCAGAUCAGACAUCACCUUGUGCCAUAGUUAGCUACAUUGACAAGGCAUACAUGGACAUCGACAGAGAUUUCACCGAGGAGUGAGGUUACAGCUUCCAAAGAACUAUUCUUCAGAGGGAAUCUUGCAGGCAGUGGUUUUUCAGGGAUACACUGUGUACUGUGUUCGCCAGCUUGGAACCGUGGAAUGUUACCACAUUUACUUUUUUCUCCCCAGUCCCUCCCAGCAAUUUUUGAAGAACAAGACUUCUCAAACUUCCGGGGCAGCAUAUUCAGGGAUGUUCAUGUUCUGUAAAGAAUUGUCUGCUAAAAGCCUGGCCUUUCCUGCUCAGUAUGGCUAGAAUCUUUUGAGCUUGGUAGAUGGAUGGGAUUCUUCAGACAUGAAGUUGUUAGCUGUGGCACUUCUUCCCAGUUCAUCAGAAUUAGGUUUUUAAAGCACAGACAACUCUUUGGGCAUCCGUACUCAAGCAGACCAGUUUUAUGGCCACAAUGAAUGCACACCAGCCACACUCAAGCCACCAUUGAAGGGUAUUUUAUGCUUUUCUUUGUAUUGAGAUUUAGAAUUGAUUGUGUUGGGGGCUUUAUGAUUUUUUUAAGAUUCUUGGAGGUAAUAGCUCUUCAUCUCUUUGCAAAACUAUCUUGGAAUUGUUCCCUCCUCAUCUGUAUCCAGACCUAUUUUGUUUUGUUGUGGGUACUGCAUUCAGAAGUAUCUCUGUUCCUGCUCUCCGUUCUGUGGAAAUCUUUUGUCUCCAACUGAUUUUUACAGUGUUGUCUAGAACAGAUAUACAUCAUGCUGAUGGAAUUAGUCUGAGACUUAGCCUUGUCUAGGUGCUAAUAAAUUUAAAAUUUGCUGAUUUUCCCCUCUCCUAAACAUUGCAGCCUGACCAUUUGUUGCUUUCCAUAAACCCGCUUUGUCUUGAACAGGAGUCAUGCUAACCUGCAGUUCUGGUAAUUUAGGGUUAGAUUACAGUUGCUAAUUAACAUCUUUAAUUCUGAUGUAUGUGUUUUUAUCCAAAUAUUAAUAGUAACAGGAGCUGUCCAUUUUUCAUUUUUUUGGUAUCGAUCUCAGAUACUGCCAGCACUAUUGGAUUAACCUUGAGCUUCACAUGCAUUGUUCAGCAGAUCCUGAGCUUGCUGUAGCAACUGCCGGUAUUAAAGCAGGUUACUUGAAGCAUGAAUGAUGUUUGGGGUUUAAAAAAAAAAAACCACCUCUCUGGAGUAAACAUUUUGCUGCAAUACUGUGCUAAAGCACUUUAAAGGGUCUUAGAAAACAUUAGGAACCUUUUCUUUCCCUCAACUUUAAUUAUUCCAAUUGACACUUCUGAAAUACUUCUCCUAUGCAAAGGAAAGCUUCUACACAUCAGGGAUUGUGGCAUGAUUUUCUUUGAGAGGGAAAAAUAAAUGCAAAGAAAUUCACCCUUAGCCCUGCAGAUGGCUUUGAGGCAUUCACAUGAAACUUGUUGGGAAUGAGGAGAGUUUGGCCUGCUGUUCCCUCCCCCAUCAUCUUUGUCCUGCACUGUUUCCUGCACCUUAUUUCCAGGUCAAGGUAAUGGAGAGAGCAUCUGUUUGUACUGGGGUUUGCCACCGACAUUUUCUUAAUUAUUUAAAUUGGGAGGGGGGGGACAACUGAAGCCUCCCACAUGAAAUUAAAAAGUAUAAUUUUCACAUCAAGUCUAAUCUCCUUGAUUUAAAGAGUCCGAAUUGGUUAUGCAUCUGUUAAUGGAAUAAAGCAACACUUGCGAUGAUCCGUUAGUCAUCUUUUGCAGUUCACCUGCAAAUGGAGGAUUAGAUGGAAACCGAGGUACAAAGCCUGCUAUAUUGCAGACUUUGAGAAAUAUACCAAGUAUAUGUUUAAACAGCUCUUUGAGAAACUUAGUUCUGCUGUCCUGACUUCACACCACCAGAUGCCUGUAAUAUGCCACUCCCAAACGAGUCCUUAAGUUGGGAGAGACUCUGGCACAAGCAGAUUUUACACUUCAAAAUAAAUACUCAAGAAAGUUUGGAUGCUUUUUCAGCAGUUUUAAUUAUCACAUCCAUAUUGCACUGCCAUAAAUCUGCAAAGAAAACACUAAAGCCUAAUAAUUUCCCCUGAAUGGUCAGGCUGCUUUUUUAUCCAUACAACUUGGUUUGAGUGAGACUGAUCUCACUAGUGAAAACUGCUUAGCUGCUUCUGGGGGCAGCUCAGUGGUUUCAACCAUUGUGCUCUAUACAAGUUUGGCAUUUAUUGGUAUCAGCUAUUUCAAGGACAUGGCUUUGGGACUAUUGGACUCAGGCCACACCAUUUGCCUUCUAGUUCUCACAAGGAGCUUCUGGGUCUAAGAAUUGUCACAUCUUCUGUGAAAUUUUCUCUGCAAAUGUUUAGAGACUGCAGUGAAAAGUUGGAUUAAAUGCAAAUGAACUCUUUUGAAAAGUGAUACCCAUGAAUAACAUGUGGCUGGGAGGUUCCUGAUGGCUAAGUUGACUUAAGGAAUGGCAGAAGAGUGGCCAGCAAAUGUUCCUGGAAAUUAAAGUCUGUCCAAUGGAUUGAUGUUCAUGCUGCUCAGAUUAAUGCUGAUUUACUAACAGCACAUAAAAUACAUUAAAUGGUAACUAUUAAAGAAUUUUAUUUUAA